AUUCAAGUAUGGCAGAUGAUCUCCAAAACUAUAAAUUACAGCUGCAGCAAGUGGAAGCAGCACUCCUCACGGAUCCAGAAAACACAGAGCUGCUCAAACUGAGGCAAGAUUUGGAAGAAGUUAUCGAUCUGACAAAGGAUCUGAUUCGGGCACAGCAGGAAGCUGAGCAGAAGAAGAGCACAUACAUCGAACCAACCAACAACAGCUACUUCGAAUCUUUAAUAGCAGCAGCAGAGAAAAAACAGACCACCCAACCUCUUGCUAUCUGGAAAGUUGGCGACAAAUGUUCGGCCAAAUGGAUCGAGGAUGGGAAAUAUUACGAUGCCACCAUUGAAGCCAUCAUAGACAACGGAGAAGUCAACAUAGUAUUCGAUGCCUAUCAAAAUCGAAGCACCACAACCGUUGGCGAGCUGAAGAAGCGCAAAGUGGACAACGAAGUUUUUCCGUCGAACAGCAAUAAACGAAUGAGACCGAACCAGAAAGAGUAUCUCAGGAAGAAGAAACAGAAGAAAUUGAUUCGGAUGAAGGAGUUGGAUGAAGAGAAGGAAUCGGAGAAAAAUAAUUGGCUUCAAUUUUCUGCAAAAAAUGCGAAGAAAACAGGCGUUAAGCACAAGAGCAUAUUUGCAUCUUCGGAACAUGCCAACGGGCGGGUUGGUAUUGGCACAUGUGGAGUGUCCGGUAAACCAAUGACAGAUUUUUCUCACGGUAAGCAGUACCGAAAAGGAAUGUAAACAACAUUCG